AGCUGCAGAUAGUGUCACCGCCUACUAACGCAAAAUUGAUUGAUACUUAAUUUUCAGGGAUCAAGACGAGCAAAAUGUCAACAAUAUAUUGUUGCUUUCCGUUCCUUCCAUGGGGCGGUCCCUUAGAAAUUCUUCCCAAAGCUUACGCUGGCUGUGGAUUUUUAUGAGAUAAUUAUUACUUGAUAAUCUCAAUCACAAUCAGCUGUUGACUGUAGUUGCGUCCAUUCAUCUUCUCUUUCUCUUGAUCACAAAAAUUCACAUAUCCCACCUCCACCACCUCCACCACCUCCAAGAUAAGCCAUUACGUCUCUAUCUUUUUGACAUCCCGUCUUGUUUGCUUGGUCUCAACACCAACACAUCAUCACUCCUUCUUUCCCUUUCCACAAGUGUCUCUGAUCAUUCUCUUCAGCUCUCUUCGAGCACAUUUGCGAAAUUCAAGACGGAUACUUCAAAAGUAGACUGGUAGACUUGUAGGUUGCAUUCUCCUAUGUCAGCACUCUCUAUUGUUCGGGGUUCCUUACCACUCAGCUCAGUACUUGACCUGGGGGACUCUUUCAUCCCUCGUCUUCCAGAGUCCUAAUAUUUAUUCACUUGACGAAGAUUCUUGGCUCAUUUGCUAAUGGUUGCUUUGGAUCCAGCUUUAACAGAGCGAACUACAUACUUCAUUUGUCGAUGGCUUUGAUAUAGAAUACAACCUAGCCUGCUUGUAUUUCUUCCACCAUGAUCGGAAAUUCAUUUCUACCCUCGCGGUUCAGAGGAACCUCCUCUGCCACCGAUACCAAUGCAUCCCCUAUGUGGCUCAGUAAAAAGGUCACACCUCUUAUCCAACUUCUCUCUCGACGAGCAUGUCUACACCCAAUCCACACAAUCGUUAUAGUUGCAGUUUUGGCGAGUACAACCUAUAUGGGACUUCUGGAGAGUAGUCUUUUUGAUUCGGUCAAAGCCAGUGGUGCCGAUAAAGCAACAUGGAGCUCUCUUGUUGCAGGCAAUCGUCAACUGCAGAUUGGUCCCGAGACUGCCUGGAAAUGGCAGGCUUCGGAUGUGGAAACCGUGCCAUCAAACGUGGAUCACUUGGCACUUUUGACAUUCGUCUUCCCGGACUCUGCUGCCGCCAAUUCUUUACAGGCAGCCCCAUUAGCGGACUCUGUGCCGUUACCACAAAAUCUUUCCGUCAUCCCUCUUCCAUCAACUUCAAACCCUCUGGCAUCUUUAUCUCAGGACAGUGCUCUAGCUUUUGCCGUGCCCUACAACCAGGCCCCUGAAUUUCUCGCCAAAUCUCAAGAACUGCCUAAUUCCGCCGCUACUGUUCCUACCGAUCCUAAUGCCCGUCAAGGACUCGAGGCAGAGCCUAUUAAGGAGAAAAAGAUGUGGAUCAUGAAAGCUGCAAAGGGAGACGAGACUCAACGAGGAUUGAAGAAAUGGGCGUCAAAUGCUUGGACUGAAUUUUUAGACCUUCUCAAAAAUGCCGAGACUCUCGACAUCAUCAUUAUGGUACUCGGCUAUAUAUCUAUGCACCUUACUUUCGUCUCGCUAUUCGUCUCUAUGAGGCGUAUGGGAUCAAAUUUCUGGCUCUUUGCUACCACUCUUUUCUCCUCAGUUUUUGCCUUCCUCUUUGGAUUGAUCGUCACCAGCAAAAUGGGAGUUCCAAUGAAUAUGGUAUUGCUGUCUGAAGGCCUCCCAUUCCUCGUCGUGACAAUUGGAUUCGAGAAGGCUAUUGUUUUGACAAAGGCUGUUUUAUCGGCAUCUCUUAACACCCAACGACCCCACCACGAAGUAGGCGAGAAAAAGUACGGGGUUUCUCCUACGUCCAUCCAAUACGCAGUCCAGGUUGCGAUAAGUGAAAAGGGAUUCGAGAUUGUCAGAGAUUAUGCAAUCGAAAUCUGUAUCUUGAUUGCCGGAGCUGCAUCGGGCGUUCAAGGAGGUCUCCAGCAGUUUUGUUUCUUGGCUGCAUGGAUUUUAUUCUUUGACUGUGUCCUUUUGUUCACUUUCUAUACUGCAAUUCUGAGUAUUAAGCUUGAAAUUAACCGAAUCAAACGACAUGUCGCUCUCCGUCAGGCACUGGAGGAUGAUGGAGUCAAUCCCCGAGUGGCUGAGAAAGUUGCCCAAAGUGACGAUUGGCCGAAAGCCGACGGUUCCCAGACUAGCGAGGCAAACAUCUUUGGCCGUAAGGUCAAGGGUAGCAGUAUUCCAAAAUUCAAAGGUUUGAUGGUGUCUGGAUUCAUCAUAAUCAACAUUCUCAACCUCUGUACCAUCCCAUUCCGGGGUGGCAACAGCGGUUUUCAGCUCCCAGGCGCAAAUAUGUUUUCCGGAUCGAGUUUUUCAAGUGUUUUAACACCACCACCUAUGGACCCUUUCAAAGUUGCAUCCAAUGGCUUAGAUUCCAUCGCUGAGAUGGCAAAAGCUCACGACAAGGCAACAGUUGUCAGCGUCCUUACACCAAUCAAGUACGAGCUCGAGUAUCCUUCUAUUCACUACGCUGAACCGGCACCCAAACAUCGUAAACAUGCCGCUGAUGAUUUUGAUGCUGAAUUUGCUGAAUAUGGAAUGGGUGGCCGAGUUGUGGACAACCUGCUGAAGAGCUUCGAGGACCCAGUUCUUUCAAAAUGGAUCGUUGUGGCUCUCACAUUGAGUGUUGUGCUCAACGGGUACCUCUUCAAUGCUGCUAAAUGGAGUGUUGGCAAGGAACCACUUCAAAUGCCUCCACACCAUGCUGUCGAUCCUAAGGAGCUCGACCAGGCUGAAAGGUUCAACAACUCUGCUUCUACACCUGUCUUGAGAUUACACAACAUCGACCCGAAUUCCAGCGACAAUAUACCGUUGACGCCAGCUAGAACGCCAGCUACUACUGAUGACGAGGAUGAUGAAUUAGUCAUGGCUCCCAAAUCUCAGAGUAGUGCCCAACCGCAAUUGCGCCGAAGUCAACAAGAGCUCGAAAAGAUGCUUGAAGCGAAACGUGCGCCGGAGCUUACCGAUGCAGAACUCAUCGAACUAUCCAUGCAAGGCAAGAUACCUGGUUACUCCUUGGAAAAGACCCUCAAGGAUACUACUCGAGCCGUAAAGAUUAGGCGUGCCAUCAUCUCACGAACCCCUGCUACCUCUGAAACUACCAGUCUACUCGAAAAUUCAUUAUUGCCAUACCAGCACUACAACUACGACCGUGUUUUAGGAGCUUGCUGUGAGAAUGUCAUUGGUUAUCUUCCGUUACCUCUUGGUGUAGCAGGUCCGAUUGUCAUCGAUGGACAAAGUUUCUUCUUACCCAUGGCUACAACAGAAGGUGUUCUUGUUGCAAGUACAAGUCGUGGUUGCAAAGCCAUCAAUUCUGGAGGUGGUGCUGUUACCGUCCUGACUGGUGAUGGUAUGACUCGUGGUCCAUGUAUUGCCUUCGAGACCCUCGAACGCGCCGGUGCUGCUAAGGUUUGGCUUGACUCAGAAGCUGGUCAGCAGACUAUGACAGAUGCAUUCAACUCAACCAGUAGAUUCGCAAGACUUCAGUCCAUCAAAACGGCCUUGGCAGGUACCUAUCUCUACCCUCGUUUCAAAACUACUACUGGAGAUGCUAUGGGAAUGAACAUGAUCUCGAAGGGUGUUGAGCACGCUUUGAAAGUGAUGUCUACCGAAUGCGGCUUUGAUGACAUGGAAAUCAUUUCCGUCUCCGGUAACUUUUGCACCGACAAGAAGGCCGCUGCUGUUAAUUGGAUCGAUGGACGUGGUAAAAGUGUUGUUGCCGAAGCAAUCAUCCCCGGUGACGUCGUUCGUAAGGUUCUUAAAACUGAUGUUGAUGCAUUGGUCGAAUUGAAUAUUGCCAAGAAUCUCGUCGGGAGUGCAAUGGCAGGUGCUAUGGGUGGCUUCAAUGCUCAUGCUGCCAAUAUCGUAGCUGCAAUCUUUUUGGCUACCGGUCAAGAUCCAGCACAAGUAGUUGAGAGCAGUAGUUGUAUCACACUCAUGAAGAAGUAAGCUAUUCAUAUUCAAAAUUUGGAGCAUAUCACUAACAUUAAUUCUACAGUCUUCGCGGUAACUUGCAAAUCAGUGUCUCCAUGCCUUCCAUUGAAGUUGGGACCUUGGGUGGUGGUACUAUUCUUGAACCUCAGAGCGCCAUGUUAGACCUUCUUGGUGUCAGAGGUUCUCACCCAACUAAUCCAGGUGAUAAUGCCCGGAAACUCGCACGUGUGAUUGCUGCAGCUGUUCUUGCUGGUGAGCUUUCCUUGUGUAGUGCCUUGGCGGCGGGUCAUCUUGUGCAGAGUCACAUGGCACAUAACAGAAGUGCUCCAGCAACAAGAGCCAACACACCGGGACCAGCAAGCGGUGCUCAAACACCAGUGACUGCAGCGAUGACGGCCAUGCGAGAGAGAGCUGGCGUGGCAGCCUUGUCUCCGGCUGCUGUGCUUAGAGCCGCAAGCGGGAAGAGAUAAGAGAGAGUAUUUAAUGUAUACACAAGCGAUGCAUGAAAAUAUGGCGUUUGGGUAUGCUUAUAGCAAAAAGCUAUUGCUUUCUAAUGAUCUUUUAGCGGAGGCUUAUGGAUGGUGCCUGUAAUAUUUUCCAUUUACGAAGCCCUUUUUGUCUUCUCAUUGUGAACUUUUUUUUGAACCGACUCAAAGAAUAGAAAGAGUCGUUAGAUUUAUUAGACACAAUUGUGACUCGAUAAUCAUCAAACUUGAUUUGUGGCUUUCAUUACAAUAAAAUUUAAUAAAAUUGCGGUUUA